AUGGCUGUGGGAAUCCUCGAGGUUAAUCUGAUCAGUGGCAAAGGUCUCAAACGAUCAGAUUUUCUUGCAGGAAAGGUAGAUCCGUAUGUUGAGAUCCAAUACAAAGGACAAACCCGCAAAAGCAGCGUUGAUAAAGAUGGAGGUAGGAAUCCGACAUGGAAUACUAGGCUGAAAUGGAGGGCAGAGUUUCCUGGCUCCGGCGCCGAUUACAAGCUCAUCGUCAAAGUCAUGGACCAUGAUACUUUCUCCUCCGACGAUUUUAUCGGCGAAGCCACGGUACAUGUUAAAGAGCUAUUGGAAAUGGGAGUGGAGAAAGGAACGGCGGAGCUAAGGCCGACCAAGUACAACGUUGUUGACUCCGAUCUCUCUUUUGUCGGCGAGAUAUUCCUCGGAGUCUCCUACUCUCUUAUUCAAGAUAGGGGAAUGGAUGCAGAAGAGUUUGGAGGAUGGAAGCAUAGCCAAAAUGAUUAG